AUGGUGGGAAGAAAGAAAAGGGGAGCGGCUGCUCAGCCUGUUCGUACUCCCAGUAUCUCAACGCGCUCGGGGCGCACUGCUCAAGAUGCCAUUCCUCCCACACCCACCCGCGGAAGAGGGCGCGGGCGAGGACGUGGUCGCGGUCGUGGUCGGGCCAGUCUUCCUGGCCGUCUGUCUUCCAGCAUUGAAACUCCGAGCAGCCCAGUGCGCUCGCACAUCGUCAAGCUGAAAAUCCCUUCUUUAAUCCAACGUGCCAUUUCAGAAGAUGCUUUCGAUGACGAUGAAAGCACCCCAGCCAGCGCUGUCUUCCGCAAUCCGGAGACUCCUCGCAUCCGACGUUCUCGUCGUGCUAUGGCUGUCCCCGAGUCUUCGCGUACUACCCGCCAGUCCGCCAGACUCAAGCCUAAUGAAGAUGGCACUUAUGAAGAAGUGUCACCCAGCAAGUCUAUGGACUCUGAUGCCAGCCAACCUGAUGAUGACAUGGACUCAAAUUAUGAUGAAGAUUUCAAGUCUGAACCUGCCAUCCGCAAAACUUCUCAAUCUCCCCAACCUCGCAUUGUUGCUUCUGCUCCGGCUUCGCCUGGAGCCACUCACACAGCCGAUGAGACCACCGAUGACCAUUUCAAUGACAUGGAGCCCAAAGCCAAGGACGACCCAGCUGCCACUGAAAGUCCCAAAAUGGCCGAAUUUGAAGAAGCUCCAUUCGGAACUGUCUCUCCUCGACUCUCUCGCAAGCGCAAGUCAUUGGAUAUGCAAGAUGAAACCCCGGAAGUUGAUUCCGAGGUCCCCAGCAAAAAGUUGCGCAAUGAUGAAACAGAAACCGAAGAGGCUGUCGAUAGCCCUAUGCAAAAUGGAAAUGAAAUGGAAACCCAGGCUGAAACGACACCUGAGGAUGUUCCCGUUCCCUCUGAAGAAUUCGACCCCCCUGCUUUUGCCCCCACCGUUCGAGGUCGUGGAGGUAGAGGAUCCCGCGGUGGCCGAGGUCGUGGACGUGGCCGAGGCCGUGGUCGCGGCAAUCGUGGAGGAUUUGUCGGUCCCAUUCGCUCUGCAGUUGCCAAGCCUCGUGGCGGCCGAGGACGUGGCCGUGCGCGCGCAACCACCGUAAUCAAACGCGGCAAGAAGAUCGAAGAUGAGAUAUGGGACGCCGAGAACUGGCGUGGUCGUACCCCAUCUCCUACACCUGACAUACUACCAACCAAAACCCGCCAAGAUGAAAUGGCAACUCUAUUCAAGAGAAUUGGCCAGGCACAGUCCAUUGCGCUGGGUUUCAUGUCUGACCACUCUAUGCACAAGCUUGCCCGCGAAAAGAACGCCCACAAGGAUUGCCCUGAGUUUGCUCAAGUCCAGCAGGAUCUGGCCGAGUACCAACGCAAGGCGAUUGAUCGGUUGAACGCGGAUAACAAGUGGAGAAUGGAAUUAAUCAAGAAAAAGCGCGAGGGCGAGCUUUACAAUAUCAAUGACCAAGCCAAGAAUAUCCUCAAGGGAAUACAAGAGGAAAUGGUCACUUUUCUCAUGGGCAAGUUCAUGUCGGCAAUCAUUGGCCGCAGAGCUGCAGAGGACGAUGAGCACACGGAGACCGAUACUUCUGAUUCAGAGCAAUCCGAGAGGCAAUUCCUCUUCCGGAUUGGCGACACAGCCGUCCGCCAAGUCGAGCGUGGAUUCCUCGCCGAGGCUGUCCGGGAACCUGAUGGAGCUAUGGACUACACCCAAGCCGACGAAGGCUGGGAUGACUUUGAUCAAAAAGCACGCAUGGGCAAGCUCAACGAGGAAAUCCAACCCCCAGAGCCAGAAGUAAUGGAUGGAGUCGUCUACUCUGGCAUGGCAUUCGACAGUCUCCUCGAAGCAGCAAACAUCGUCAGCUCCUCAGAAACAACUGGCAAACAGCUCACAUGCGACGGCACCUCCGACUACCCCAUGGACCCCCACCCACGCUCUCUCUCGCUGCUAGCAGACGCAGCCCUUUUAGAGCCACCACCAACCCAUCUCCCCCAAAUGCAAACAUCGCUCCCUCCCCACCGAACCCCCUACCCACCUCCUCACCACCUCACCCACCACGCGCACCACGCCCAUGGGCACCCAGGGCCAGCACCACCAACCCACGGGCCAACAGACCCGCGGUCAUUCAUCCUCCCACGCCCAACACCCACCCAACAACCCCGCCGCCUCCUCCCAGCCCGCGGCCAGCUUGGCCUGGGCCUCCCAGACCCGUUCGCAAUGAACGGUCCUCCCCAGCUCCCUCCUCCCCCGGGCUCAAACUUCGCCCGCCUCCCCCUGCCAGGUGGCUACCUGCCACCCCCAUCUGGCCACCCCGCCCCGCCGCCCUCCCUCUACUUCCCCCUCCCCCGCCGGGUUCGCAUCCCCCUCCCCCUCCUCCUCGUCGCUACUAAUACCUCAGCAUGA